AUGAGUCAAGUGUACUCAACGGAACCGCAAACAUCUGGUCGUGUCAUCCUUGAGACGACACAUGGCCCGAUUGAAAUACAAUUGUGGUCUCGCGAGUGUCCAACGGCGACAAAAAUGUUCAUGCGACUGUGCUUGGAUGGUUUCUACGACAACAUGGCCUUUCACCGCAUUGCCCCUGCUUUUCUAAUUCAAACUGGAGCUCUACGACUGGGAUCAGAGCUGCAAGAGGCGUUUGGGAAAGAAGAGGAGAUGAAUUUGUAUCGUCAAAAACUUGAAGCUGACGAAGCUCUUUCACGUCGAUCCUACGAACUCAACUCCAGAAUUCGAUUCAAUCAUCGUGGACAAGUGGCAAUGGCUCUUGAGGUAGAUGCUCAAGAAGAUUCUACCCAUCUGCAACCUCAAUUCUUUAUUACGCUAGAUGAAGCGCCAUUUUUGGAUGGAAAGCAUGUCAUAUUCGGCACAGUUAACGGCCCAACAAUUUUCAAUUGUCUGCGUAUCGGGAAGACAGAUGUAGACGAUUCGAACCAGCCGACAAUUAUCUCUGAAGCUCCCAGAAUACAAAGGGUACGGAUAAUGGAUAAUGAUGUCCACUCAGAUAUUGUUCCUUCGGUUGUAGUCCCAUGGAAAAUAAAAAAUAAAGAUGCACCAAAGAAAAAAAAGAAAAAACGUGGCGUGAAGAACGUGAAUGUUUUGUCUUUCGGUGAUGAAUUUGAGGUCGAUACGUCGCAGAGUUUAGGGAUCAAGAGCAGACAUGCAAUAUCAGAAAGCAAAAAUAAGCUUAAAGCGACUGAGACUAACGAGAAGAAGAUCCCAAUUUCGGUGGAAGGAACGCAAGAAACAAAGGCAAAACCCCAGAAGCGCGAACUCAAAGAGUCGAUAGGAUCUGCCAGAGAACCGAAAAAUGAGAUGGAAUCAGCCAGUGAACAAAUCAAGGGGACUAAGUUGGGUAGUGGCACUGGUACUUUUACUGGUUCAAGCAAAAAUGUUUCGAUGUCUGACACAAUUGAAUUGACUCCGAGAAGUGAUGCCCCAACUCCGCGCCAGGCUGAUGCUCUAACACCGAAAGACUCAAAAUCAAAGGAGAAUAGGAUGAGUCUCGUAGCUGCAAGGCGGGCAAAGUAUGCAAGAGGUGGAAACAAAAAUAAGAGGAAAAGAGAAGAAGAUACCCUUUCCAAGCUGAAGUUGUUUCAACAUAAAAUUGCAAAGGUAUCUGGUAACGAAGAAGGCAAGGGCGAGGACAACGAGGAAGGAUAUCAUGGACAAAUACUUGAAACGAACACAGGGGAUACUGACAGUGGUUGGAUGAGUACGAAAUUUCAAUGCCGCAAGCACAUGGAUAUAGAUGCCAAGCUCGGUGGAGAUGGUCGGAAUGCUGAAGAUUACGAAGUUGUUGAAGGUCUCGUUGGCAAGAAUGGUCGUCAUGAAAAGAAGGGGAGGCGCCAUGAUCGAACGGGUGGAGGGCAACGAGCACUGGACCGACAUGCGCAACAUCGAUAA